ACCCUCUGUUUACGCUGUAUUUAUAACUCUGCAUCUUAAUCAUUCGUCUUGGUCAUAAAUUGCAUAGUUAUUUGAAGCAGUAAAUUUUUGUUUAGCGACAGCAGCUGUCAUAAAAGUGCUAAAAUGCUGUCCAACAAAUUCAUGCACAACACAAAGUUCUGGAAGAAAUUUGUUGGAGGUCUGGUUGGCUGUACGACGGCGUUUUGCAUACUAUCCAGUUCAAGUAACGAUAAGAGUUCAAAUUGGAAAAAUACUUCAGAAUCGGAAUCAGCACUUCAGAAAUUUAUUCAUUCAGACAAUAAAAAACGAGAAUUGUCCACCACCCCAAUAAAUCAUGACAAAAAGUUGAACUAUCCUAUUUGUCAGAAAGUUAUAAUUCGGAGAAGUUUUCCACGUCUCCUCGCCUGUACAAACUAUACGACAAGUUUGUGUGAGGAAGACACUUUUCCCUUGACUGCGCUAGUUUCUUAUCCAGGAAGUGGAAAUACGUGGGUUCGACAUCUUAUAGAAAUUGCGACUGGUAUUUUUACUGGUAGUGUGUACUUUGAUCACACAUUGUACGCUCGGGGUUUUUUGGGGGAGAAGGAGGAUUGGAGUUCGGGGAGAACAAUUGUGCAAAAGUUGCAUGUAAAGUAUGACUCUGCUCAACCGUUUAAACGAGGAAUUCUUAUAAUACGGGAACCCGUCGCGGCGACGAGGUCAUUUGUUGACUUCAUGGAAUCUGGACACACCGGAUGGGCUUCUCCGACUACGUUUAACAGAAAAGAGUGGCCCUCGUUUCUCCUACACUCGACACGAGAUUGGCUGAUCUUGGCAAAAAGUUGGAUCGAAUCGCCUGUAGAUUUGUUGGUCAUUCAUUACGAGAAUCUGGUCAGUUCUACGGUCAAGGAGGUGCGGAAAAUAGUAAAGUUUCUCUCAUUGGAUGAUUCACGAAUGGAUUCUGAAUGUUUUUUGAAAAGCGUCGAAGGUUCGUUUCAUCGGAAGCCACCAGUUUGGAAAAUAAAUUCACCCCCUCCGCCUAAAGCGAGGCUAAUAAUUGACAAUGGGAUUAAUUAUUUAAAUCAAUUACUGUUAAAAUACGGCAAAGAACAAAUCCCAUUAGAUAAGUAUUCCUGUUAUAGAAAUAGCAGUGAGAAAUGUGUUGGAAAAAAUGGAUAAAGACAGAUGCGAGGAUUAAAUAUUUAAAGUUGUUUGCGGAACAAA